ACCACCACCACCACAACAACAGCCACUACUCCCCGCCAUCCCGGCAGUCCAACUCGACUUAUCGCGGACGAGAUGCGAGAUGCAGCAGCAAGCGAGCUGAUAACGAGGAACGUGCUUCCAUCGGUCCCCGUGCAUGCUGCUCUCGUCGAAGCCUGUCCGCGGGCCCCCGCCGUCUACCCUGCGCCAAGAUGGCAGCUGUUUUGACCGUCGAGCAGGAGCAAGUAAGCAUUACCGAUCCGCAGGUUCCAACUAUUUCGUCGGCGAGGCUCGUACCGCUUAAGUGACUUAACCUUCAUCGCCGAACGCGCGCGAACGCUAAGUAAACAUCCCGUGGCUUCGUCAACCCGCCCCUCUCGCGCGUCCCCACGAUCUUUGACUUUGCUCUAGGAUUACGUACGCGCGUCCCAGCUCUCGGUUCUUCAUGCUCAUCCGCAUGCCCAGGGACGCAUGAUAAAGUACCUCGGGAGUGUCCGUCCAUUGGCGUCUACUUGUAGAUUAUUCAAAAUCAUCGCGUAGUUCAUCGCCGCCUUGCCGCAAGUUUUUAUGAGCCGGUGACGGGGACAAUGACUAGGAGAGUCUCCUUAUGUCCGCUGCAUUCGGACAAAUUCCGAGCCUCCACUUGUUGCUCCUAGCCAAACAAUCAUAACUCAGCGCUGCAAAAAGACAUGCGAAUAGAGUAGUGAUGUGUCAAAUAUUAGUGAGCGACUGUUUUGUAUUUAUUAGGCGACCAAGGAAUUCAUUGAGAUGGUCAAUAAAUGCAGAGCUGGACGUCGUGUGGGACCGGUCUCCUGGAGUACGGCUGUGAAAUUUUUGUCAGCGAGGAAGUUCGAGGUAUCCAGGGCAUUGGCACUGUACGAGCAGCACGAAGCUACCAGGAGGAGGGAAGGUUUGGCACUCAUGGCUCCGACUAGAGAGCCACUGCUGAGCGAGCUGCGCACAGGAAAAUUCACAGUCCUGCCUUCUCGAGACUCGACGGGUGCAGCUAUAGCCAUUUUCACAGCUCACUUGCAUCUUCCGCAAAGCACAACCCACCAGACGACCUUGCAGGGAGUGGUGUACCAGCUGGACGCCGCCCUGGAAAGCAAAGAAACCCAGAAGCACGGCCUAGUCUUCAUCUACGACAUGUCCGACAGCAAGUACCAGAACUUCGACUACGACCUCUCGCAGAAGAUCCUGACCCUGUUAAAGGGCGGCUACCCGGCCAAGCUGAAGAAGGUCCUCAUCGUGACGGCCCCCCUCUGGUUCAAGGCGCCCUUCAAGAUCCUGCGGCUCUUCGUGCGCGAGAAGCUGCGCGAGCGCGUGUUCACCGUCUCGAUACCCCAGCUGAGCCUGCACAUACCGAGGGAGUCGCUACCGCGGCGCCUGGGUGGCGGCUUGGAGGUGCAGCAUGAGACCUGGUUGCUGCACUGCCUCAAGUCCAUGACGAACCGGGCCGGGGCCGAGCCGCCGUGCGAGGUAUGUCAUAGUGGGGCGCAUCGUCCGACUGGAGCAAUGGCCGACCUAAGCGCCUGUCCUCAGGUGGCGGCUGGGCCACCGAGUGCCGCGGGCAGCAGCAGCAGCGGCGGUAGCAGCCCCAGGAGUCCAGCUAGCCCGACCCCGGAGGCUACCCGCCCUCGGCCUGGCGAGACCGAGCUCCCCGCCUCGGAGGAGGCCCCAUCGCCACUGCAGCCGCCGUCCUCGGCGAGCUCGGGCUUCAGCGACGACGACAGCCUGCACGGGGAGCCGGGCCUUCAGGCCGUCAGUAUGGAGCAGCUCGUCGAGGCGAUACACGCUAGGGGACGCGCGGGCCUCGUCGCCGAGUACAUGGAAAUCAAGAAGCGGCCGCCGGACGGCACCUUCACCAGCGCCAAGCUCAAGGCCAACCUCACCAAGAACAGGUACACGGACGUGCUCUGCUACGAUCACAGCCGCGUUUGCCUGUCACAAUUGGACAACGAUCCGACCUCCGAUUACAUAAACGCCAACUUCGUCGACGGCUAUAAGCAGAAGAACGCUUUUAUCAGUACCCAGGGUCCGCUAUCCAAGACUUGCGGUGACUUCUGGAGGAUGAUCUGGGAGCAGCAGACGCUUGUCGUCGUCAUGACUACGAGAGUUGUAGAACGUGAGCGUACCAAAUGUGCACAAUACUGGGGUCCGGAAGCUGGUGAUCAAGUUACAGCAGGUGGUUUCACAGUUACGACUCUUGAAGUUGAUACCAAUCCAGAUUAUACAAUAUCCAAGCUUCUUCUUAAGAAUAACAAGACUGAAGAGACUCGGGAGGUCUGCCACAUGCUGUACACAGCCUGGCCAGAUUACGGAGUACCCCAGUCAGCCAAGGCCCUUCUGCAAUUUCUGUCCCUGGUGCGGCAACAGCAAAACAAAUUGCUGGCUAAUCGAGGCGACACAUGGGCUGGUCAUCCGAGGGGACCGCCGAUCGUCGUGCACUGCAGCGCCGGCAUCGGGAGGACAGGUACCUUCUGCACCCUCGACAUCUGCACGUCCAGGCUCGAGGACAUUGGGACCGUCGAUAUCCGGGGUACGGUCGAGCGGAUACGAGCACAGCGAGCCUUCAGUAUUCAAAUGCCAGAUCAAUACGUGUUUUGUCAUCGUGCGCUCGCCGAAUACGCUCUCUCACGAGCAAUGCUCAGCCCCCAGCACCUUGCCAUGUUACCACCGACUAUCGAGGACGACUCCGACUAGUUUACCAAUUUAUAUUUAUAGCCCGUUCACCUAAUUAACUAUAACAUACCGCUCGCACAAGUAUGUUUACAAUAAGAUAUUUUAUUAUCAUUUUACCUACCGUUCAUUCUCUCGCUCAUAUUAGCCAUACUCAAGCAAGUUUCCAAUACACUUACAGUACCUAUGCAAAGCAAAGACAUGGCAAGGACACGCGCGCCAUCCUCAUAAGCCACGCUCAUUCUUGUGCCCGGAAAACAUAAUAAAAUAAUGGUGGCUUGCUAAUCGAAUUGUUCUCGCGGUCUAAAGCGGAGAUAUAUUAUCAAUUUGUCAAUCGCAAAUUAACAAUCUCAUUGAGUCGUGAUAUUUCGCAUUAUUCCAGUAUUUCACUUAAAGUAACGGGACAAAAAUCUUUUGCUACUAAAAUAGUCAUUAAAAAGUGAAGAGAAAGAAGUAAGUGCAAAAAGAACUAUGUAUCUUAAUAAAAAUGGAAAAUAUUAAUAAUAAUGAUUUUGCAUUAA